AAGACCCACAGAAUCUGACGGCCGAAGCUAAUUUAAACGGUUUUGUUAAAGCUGUCUUGUAAUGUUUACUUCUUUCGCGUUCCGGCGUGUCCUCUCCACUGAGCGCUACAGCUUGCCUGAUAGAACAGAUGCAGCAGUUUCCGACGUGUGACAAAAACAUUUUCCCCUCGAACGCUUGGUUCAGCAUACGGAUUUAUAUUGGUUGAGAGUUCAGUCGAUGCAUUGCCGUCUCUACACUCAAGUGUAGCCGUAAUCGAGAGCGAAGCGAAGUGCCAACAGAGAUCCGCUUUCAUGAUGGCGAUGUUCCGCAGUUUUGUGUCGGCUGCCCAGCUUAGACAGCAUCACCAUCAGCAUCAGCAACAGAACGGGGCAGCUGCAGCCGCACCUGGGGAAAGCGUUGAGAGCCAAUUCUCUUGUCCAAUUUGCUUGGAGGUCUAUCAUAAACCUGUCAGUAUUGCGAGCUGCGCACACACGUUCUGCGGAGAUUGUCUUCAGCCAUGUCUCCAGGUGACGUCCCCCCUAUGCCCCCUGUGCCGCAUGCCUUUCGACCCAAAGAAAGUGGACAAGUCCUCCAACAUAGAGAAGCAGCUCUCCUCCUACAAGGCUCCCUGUCGGGGCUGCAACAAGAAAGUCACCCUCAUGAAGAUGCGCUCACACAUCUCCUCUUGCACGAAGGUUCAGGAGCAGAUGGCAAACUGCCCGAAGUUUGUGCCCGUGGUGCCUACCACACAGCCCAUACCCAGCAAUAUUCCAAACCGCUCGACCUUCGCGUGCCCGUAUUGUGGAGCUCGCAACCUGGACCAGCAGGAGCUGGUGAAACACUGCAUGGAGAACCAUCGGAACGACCCCAACAAAGUGGUGUGUCCCGUCUGCUCGGCCAUGCCGUGGGGUGACCCCAGCUACAAGAGUUCCAACUUCCUGCAGCACCUCCUCCACCGGCACAAGUUCUCCUACGACACGUUUGUGGACUACAGUAUUGACGAGGAGGCCGCACUGCAGGCAGCCCUGGCCGUUUUACUUAUUGGGUGGAGACUUACUUACAACUUAUGGAGUUAUACUCAAUGCAGUCAUGCUGCAACCCCCUCUGAAACUUAUGGGUGUUUUGGUGCCCCCCUGUGGUGACUGUAGAGCCACGGACACCCCCAUCAACCCUGUGUGUGUGUGUGUGUGCGUGCGUGUGUGUGUGUGUGUGUGUGUGUGUCUGAUGAAGUGAGAUUUGGGUGAGUCACAACCAUUGCUGCAAAUAUAGCAUGAGAACUGAAGUUCCUUUUCUUGACUUUAAUGGAAAAAAAGAAAGAAGAAAAAAACACAGCCAUUUCUGACACAUGUAUGCAAAAACAACCCUGUUCUUCUCUUCCUCCACCAUGUUCCCGUUCUCUCUUUCUGCCGUAGAUUUCAUGUAGACAGGCGGCACAAUAUCUGUUGGAACUGAAGGAGGGGGCGAGAGAGUGCUGGUCUAAAGUUGUGCGGUUGAUGAAUCAGGAGCUGGCAUUUUGAUUGUUCUUCUGUUCUUUGUGUUGUUUUAUGUCGCCCAGCCAUUCAUCACAAGACAUUGUGAGUGUACAGUAGAAGCUCACAUUUACAGCUCACGAUCAUUGACAACAAAUGAACACCAUGGCGACAGCCUCAUUUUCAUCGGACUGUUCUUUCAUGACAGGAUUUACUUUUAUCUGCUUUUUUUCUCUCAUUUUGGUGCUGUGAGCCACGGCAUCCUGUAGAUAGUGAUCAGCUUCCCUGUUCAGAGAAUGUGGAAGCUAAUGGCACCAGGCAGAACCAAUAGAGCACAGAUCGUGAUGAUCGACAUGAUCACCUCCAGCUAUCAUCACAUCAUACAGCAACCCAAAGGCAACCAAUGGAUCGUCCCCACCUCCUCUGUCACCCACAGAUUUCUAAUUCACAUCCUUGUGAAUACUUGCACUUGUCACUGUUUUUACUACAUGAACCAAGUGUCGGGUAUCGUUCUUAUUUUCUAGUUUACUAACAGAAUUCUAGUACUUGCAUUGAAUCUUCACUUCUGCUGUUACCUGGUUAACUUGCUACAAUAAUAUUUUUUACAAAGCAUCAGAUAAAGAGAAAAAAAGUAUAUAUUUUUGGAAAACAUUUCAGUUUAAAAAAUGGUGCACUAUUAACAAGAGCGUAAAAAUCAUGUCUUUAUCCACUUGGGGAUGUGUUGGUUUCACCUUUUCGUGUACCCUUUGAAGGGAAGUCUGACUGCCACACAAGUGUAAGACAGGCAGUGGCAUUGUUGGAGCGUGUAUGGCCACAUUGCGCCACAAGAGGUCAGCGUUGGUCCAGAUAUUAGUCUGCAGGUACUGUAAGGCUGCUUUGAGCUCAGUGUCAUGCGGUGUUUGAUGUUUGUGUUCAUUUACUUUGUCGUACUCUCUUAAUCAAGAGCCUGCAUGUGUAGUGGCCAGACUCAGUUCUGUAAGUCAAUCGCAUGCACAGUGCCCUCAUUGAGCUCUGCAAAGGAAGUGAAAGGGUCUUUUGAAUUAAGCGCUUGGUGGAUGUACAUAAGUGAACAUAAACAUUUGUAUAUUGAUCUUUUUCUGCUUAUGUCUACAGUUUAGAUGUCUGAUGGAUGAUGUAACAUGUGGUAUUGGCAAAAUAAACCUGGGUGUUGUAUUUUGGUAAGUGACUUGGGAUGUUAGAGUCAAGAUAGAGGGUUUCAGUGUUUUGCGACUUAAGAAACAUACGUUCUCUGAAUAUCUUUGAUAAUGUAUGCUGUCUUGAUUUCAGCAGGUUGUUCUUCCCUGUUACUCGGAUGAUAUGAGACGUCUUACUUCACUGCACAGGAUCUUAAGUUUGAUCAACAUAUGUGUGCAUUUGAAAAGCAGGGCUUUUAGCAACAGGACGUGUGUGUUGGUUAUCAGGUGUAUGUCAGUGGUAGUCACUGCUGUUAAAAGAGGGAUGAAUGUACUCUGCGUCAGUCUCUAAGGCUUCUCUCAUUUUCAUCUUGACUACAUCCUUUAACCACUUCUGAACCUGUCACUUUAAAGCAUUGUGAGCUGUUUGUGAAAUUUCUGGAAAGCACAGUAAUGAAAGUGUGUGUGUCUGUCUGUGUCUGUGUCCAUAUCUAUGUGUAUGACAGGUAGAGAGAGUGGCGGGUAUAUUGGUGUGCUUUUAUGACUUAUGCCUCUUACAGUAUGUUGUGAAUGAUUGGGGACCUUUUGAAAGGGCUGUUCCUGUUUGCUUACACGCGUUGAUAUAUACACACUUAUAUAUAUAUAUAUAUAUAUAUAUACUAUAAGCUGUUUUUGUUGAGUCUCGUCAUGUGCGGCUGAAACGGCGUGCAAUUGUUAUCUACUUUGAUCACUUAUGUGAUCGUGGCCCUAGUAAGGUGCGUCCACCCUGGUCUGACCACCUCCAGAGUCUGGAGCUGGACACUAUUCUAGCCACAAAUUUCAUUCUGGUCUUAAAGCUUAAAGGAUGUUGUACAGUGACGGUUUUGGGUACCUCUUUUUUUUCAGAGGAAAUAACAGAUUUUUUUUUUUAGAAAAAGAGUGUAGUUCCAAAUGUUUUCUAAACAUUUAGUUUAAAAUAGACGAAUAGAAACACUUUGUUUCUCUUUAGCUGGUUGUGCUCAGUGAUGUGGGUUUCCAGGGAUGGUCUACUAUCUUCCACUGGUUGGCGAUAGCAGUAGAAAUGUUUCAUGCUCAUCAUCUCGAGAAGGACUAGUUCGAAAUGAGUUGUCCUGUAUUCACUCAAGCAGAGAGAGGGAAUGUGUGUGUAUGUAUGACAAUGGAUUUGAACGUGUUUGUCCAGUGAUUUUGUUUUCUUGUAGACUGAAGGUGAAAUCUUUAUGUGAGGCAUCAGACGAAUGUUUUGGGACAUUGCAAGGUAAUAGCAAGAUAUGUUUUAUCUGGUUGUUUUCCUUAGGCAAUCUGAAAGAAAAGUAGUAUUUUGGGAAGGUAAUUAAGAAAUAAUUAAGAGGAAAUAUAAUGUUGAAUAUACAGUGUCUUAACGUGUACAUGUUUUUAUUGUUGAGGGGAAAGAGGUGAUCUGUGUGACAUUUAUUCAAGUCUGAAGUCAGAUGGUGGAACAGAACCAUUUAAGAAUUUAAUUGAUAUCGAUAAACAGUAUUUAAGUGUUACGUCUCAACUUCACAAUGGCUUAAAAUGAUGAGGUCAGGUUUUGAUUUUGCCCACAACAAAAAGUUAUCUUUUUCCCAUUUCAUUGAAAAAUUGCUCUGUUACAAUCAUCCAUUUUUAUCUUAUAAAUGUUGUAUUCCUAUUAUAUUUUAAGUGAUAUUCAUGUGCUCCGCUGUAGCAUAAAUGUAGGUUUUGAAAACUUUUGAUAUUGUAAUUCAUACUUUUAUCUCUAGUGUUAUUUUGGGAAAAUGCCCCAAUGUGUGCACUUUUGUUUUGCUCUUAUUGUGUUCUAACAAUCAUGAAUAUUGUUCACUGCAAACCAUCGGUAUGUUAUUCAUUUUCUGAGCUGGCUGAACUCAGAUCCAUCCAAGAAAAAUUGCAAUAUGAAAUAUUGCUGGAAUUUUCUGGGAAAGACAUCAUAGUCUCUAUUUUGGGAAGGGACAACCUGCAUCCCAUCAGAGUACGUGUGGGAUACUUAAGCCUGAAAAGACAGCCCUGGGUUUGUUCAAUUCAAAGCCAUGAUGUCAUUCACGACAGUCCGGCGUUGGUUCUAUGAGAUCCUGGCCAUUGUUGUCAAACAGAGCAACCUGACCUUCCUCACCUGUUCUCUGGUCCAUGGCUGAAGGCUGUGUGGAGUUGAGGUUGAUGAUGAUGAUGAUGAUGAUGAUGAUGAUGAUGAUGAUGAUGAUGUCUUUUGGUAAGAGUUUACCGGGCCCUUUUCUGUUGAGUUUCACUGGCACUGCUACAGCAAGUUGCCUUUUUCUAACAACCCCUGUGGCUGAUGCGGACCUGUGUGUGUGUGUGUGUGUGUGUGUGUGUGUGUGUGUGUGUGUGUGUGUGUGUGUGUGUGUGUGUGUGUGUGUGUGUGUGCGCGUGUGUGUGUGCGUGUGUGUGUGUGUGUGUGUGUGUGUGUGUGUUGAGCUCCAUGUGAUUAUGCAUCAAUAAGUAAUAAUAGUAAUAACAGUAAUAGCAAUGAGGACUGAUGCUGAAAUGGUUCUGAUGGGAACAAUAAUGUGGAUUUUUGAAGUUGUAACACUGUUUGAGGUUUAAUAAGAUACUUUACUGAUGUAUUUGUAGCAGAUUUUUUUUCCCUCAAUAAAAACACUGACGCAUCCCAACCUGUUCAGAUGUGGGAGUUUUUUUUCUGAUUGGGUUUUAAACAACCAUUAUUUCUGGGGGAAAAAACUAUCUCUAUGUAUGACCCAUCCUCCAUUUAUUUAUUAAUAUAUUAAUAAAAUAAUAUGUUAAUAU